CCGUGUGUUCUGCUGAUGUUUCUCUACAGGGUGGAGAAUGCAUGCACCAAGCUGGUCCAGGCGGCAUCGAUGCUGAAGGCCGACCCGUACUCUGUGCCCGCCCGGGACUACCUCAUCGACGGCUCGCGGGGCAUCUUGUCGGGCACCUCCGACCUUCUUCUGACCUUUGAUGAAGCUGAGGUGCGUAAGAUCAUCCGGGUGUGCAGGGGUAUCCUGGAGUAUCUCACGGUGGCUGAGGUGGUGGAGUCCAUGGAAGAUCUGAUCACGUACACAAAGAAUCUGGGACCAGGCAUGACGAAGAUGGCGAAGAUGAUUGACGAGCGCCAACAGGAGCUCACGCACCAGGAGCACCGGGUCAUGCUCGUCAACUCCAUGAACACCGUCAAGGAGCUGCUGCCCGUCCUCAUCUCAGGAAUCAAAAUCUUUGUGACAACCAAGACCUCGGGCAGCCAGGGCGUGGAGGAGGCGCUUAAGAACCGCAACUUCACCGUCGAGAAGAUGAGUGGCGAGAUCCACGAGAUCAUCAGGGUUCUGCAGCUCACCUCCUGGGACGAGGACGCCUGGGCCAACAAGGACACCGAGGCCAUGAAGAGAGCGCUGGCACUCAUAGACUCCAAAAUGAACCAGGCCAAGAACUGGCUGCGAGACCCCAGUGCCCAACCAGGCGAUCCGGGUGAGCAGGCCAUUCGGCAGAUCCUGGAUGAGGCAGGGAAGGUGGGGGAGCUGUGUGCUGGCAAGGAGCGCAGGGACAUCGAGGGCACAUCCAAGGCCCUGGGCCACAUGACCGACCAGGUGUCUGAAAUGCGGACAAGGGGUCAAGGGGCGAGCCCUGUGGCCAUGCAGAAGGCUCAGCAGGUGGGCCAGGGGCUGGACAUGCUGGCGGGGAAGGUGGAGAACGCCGCCCGCAAGCUGGAGGCCAUGACCAACUCCAAGCAGGCCAUUGCCAAGAAGAUUGAUGCUGCUCAGAACUGGCUUGCAGACCCCAAUGCAGGGCCUGAGGGGGAGGAGCACAUCAGGUCUCUGUUGGCCGAGGCCCGGAAGAUCGCCGACCUCUGCGAAGACCCCAAGGAGAGGGACGACAUCCUGCGCUCCAUGGGAGAGAUCGCCGCUCUGACUGCCAAGCUCUCCGAGCUCAAGAAACAAGGUAAAGGAGACACUCCAGAAGCCAGGGCUUUGGCCAAGCAGAUCGCCACGGCGCUGCAGAACAUGCAGUCCAAGACCAACAAGGCGGUGGCCAACAGCCGGCCGGCCAAAGCUGCCGUGCACCUGGAGGGGAAGAUCGAGCAGGCCCAGCACUGGAUCGACAACCCCACCCUGGAUGACAGCGGCGUGGGCCAAGCUGCCAUUCGCGGCCUGGUCGCCGAGGGCCGUCGCCUGGCCAACGUGUUGCAGGGGCCGCAGCGGCACGAGCUGCUGGGGAAGUGCGAGCAGGUGGAGCAGCUGAUGGCUCAGCUGGCCGACCUGGCCGCCCGGGGCGAGGGAGACUCUCCGCAGGCGCGCGCCAUCGCCCAGCAGCUGCAGGAGGCGCUCAAGGACCUGAAGGGGAAUAUGCAAGAGGCUAUGACUCAGGAGGUGUCAGACAUUUUCAGCGACACCACCACUCCCAUUAAGCUCCUGGCGGUGGCUGCCACUGCUCCACACGAUGCUCCCAACAGGGAAGCGGUGUUCGAUGACCGGGCUGCAAACUUCCAGAGCCAUGCCAACCGCCUGGGCGCCACGGCUGAGAAGGCUGCAGCUGUGGGCACUGCCAAUAAGACCACGGUGGAGGGAAUCCAGGCAGCGGUGAAGUCUGCCAGGGAUCUGACUCCUCAGGUGGUGUCUGCUGCUCGAAUCUUGCUGAAGAACCCUGGAAACCAGGCAGCAUAUGAGCACUUUGAGACCAUGAAGAACCAGUGGAUUGAUAAUGUGGAAAAGUUGACUGGUCUGGUUGAUGAGGCUAUUGACACCAAAUCCCUGCUGGAUGCCUCUGAGGACGCCAUUAAGAAGGACCUGGAGAAGUGCCAAGUCGCCAUGGGCAACCACCAGCCUCAGAUGCUGGUUGCCGGGGCGACGAGCAUCGCCAGGCGCGCCAACCGGAUCCUCCUGGUGGCCAAGCGGGAGGUGGAGAACUCUGAGGACCCCAAGUUCAGGGCGAAGGUGAAGGCGGCCUCGGACGAACUCAGCCAGACCAUUUCCCCUAUGGUCAUGGAUGCCAAAGCAGUGGCUGCCAACAUCCAGGAUCAAGGCCUACAGAAAGGUUUCCUGGACUCUGGCUACAAGAUUCUGAGUGCCGUGGCCAAGGUGAGGGAGGCCUUCCAGCCACAGGAGCCGGACUUCCCUCCUCCUCCUCCCGAUCUGGAUCAGCUCCACAUCAACGACGAGGCUGCCCCACCCAAGCCCCCGCUGCCCGAGGGUGAGGUACCGCCCCCCAGACCCCCUCCCCCAGAUGAGAAGGACGAGGAGUUCCCCGAACAGAAGCCCGGCGUGGUGGUGAGCGAGCCCAUGAUGGUGGCCGCCAGGCAGCUCCACGACGAGGCCUGCAAGUGGUCCAGCAAGGGUAACGACAUCAUUGGUGCAGCUAAGCGUAUGGCCUUGCUGAUGGCAGAGCUGUCCCGGCUUGUGCGUGGUGGCAGUGGCAACAAGCGAGCCCUCAUUCAGUGUGCCAAAGACAUCGCCAAGGCCUCCGACGAGGUCACCAGGUUGGCCAAAGAAGUGGCCAAGCAGUGCACAGACAAGCGAAUCAGGACCAACCUACUUCAGGUGUGCGAGCGUAUUCCCACCAUCAGCACCCAGCUGAAGAUCCUCUCCACGGUCAAAGCCACCAUGUUGGGGCGCACCAACAUCAGUGAGGAGGAGUCUGAGCAGGCUACAGAAAUGUUGGUGCACAACGCCCAGAAUCUGAUGCAGUCCGUGAAGGAGACUGUGAGGGAGGCAGAGGCCGCCUCCAUCAAGAUCCGGACAGAUGCUGGCUUCACUCUUCACUGGAUCCGGAAGACCCCCUGGUACCAGUAGAGGAGCAGCCAACACCAAGUCCUCUGCUCCAAGUCCAGUCUCUCUCAGUGAGAGAGCUGCCCUCAGUUCAACACACAGCUGUAACAAAGUCCUCAAAUAUGGACAGUUAUAGCCGGGUCGUAAAGUUCACUGAAAACAUUGCUUUCACUUUUUGUAUGGGUGUCAUUUGUUAACAAUUGUUCCUUUUCCCACUGGUAACUUUUUCAGUUUUCAAGAGCUAUCUUAGUGGAAUGUAAAAUAAGGGACACUCCAAUGCGACUGGGUAAUUCAUUUUGUACUGUGUAAAAAUACAAUGUUGUUGAAUUUUUGAGAAGAAUCCCGAAUAUAUAUUUUGAGUGGAGGUUUUCAUUUUGGUAUUACAUAUAGAUGGUUAUUUUCUGUUUCACUUUGUGAGAGGUUGAAACUUUAGGAUCUUUACAAUUUUUUUCAGUUUUUUGGGGGACAUUUUUUAAUAUCUUUAUACUGGUUAUAUAUUACAUUUUUGUGUACUGAAGAAUCUCACCCUUUUUGCCUGGACAACCAUCUUAAUUCACAGAGUGUUUGCAAAAACUAUAGCCUAUAUAUUUAGUUUGACAGAAAAUGUAUUCACUGAUAUUGUAGUUUACACCAUACUAUACAACAAGAAACACUGCUCUCACAUUCACAAUGCAUUAUGAUGGUGAAAUAGGGAAAGAUCUCAAACUGUGUGCUUUAGUUAUUCCACGUGUUUUCUUGGCCGUAGGCAUAUAUGACGAUGUCAGGAAUUACCAAAGAUUUAUUACUGUUUUUGUUUUGUUUGUUUAGACUAUUUUUGUUUGUGUUUGAGCAAUGUGCAAAGGGCUAAAUUCUUGAAAGUAAUGAAUAUUAACUGUUUGACACAAGUAGUAGGCUAUACAUUAGCAUUACAACCUCAGAAUGUCACUCAAAUUCCCUGUGAUCCCCAGACUGAAAUGUGAGAUUUUUGAUAAUAAGGUGCAGUAAGAUCACAAUCAUUGAAAUUAAUCUUAUUGGUCAAUGCUUAGAACAGGUGCUUAGUCUUUUUUUUUUUAAAGCUGAAACUAAUCUGUAUUCAUUUUUCCACACAAACAGUGACCAAGUGUCUCCUCACAGAGACUUUGCUAGACGAAGUUUGCCAUCCUAACCCAGUUCAGUGACUAGAAAAUACACUAAGGUUCCUUAUGAUGUGUGUGUGCAUAUUUAUAAGAAGACAAGCUCAGGCUUCACUUCCUUUUGAGGUUUUACUUUUAAGUAAAUGAAUGUAAAUAUCACAACAUUCGUAGAAUCCCUCGAAACCAUCUAAUGUGCCUUGAAAUAAAUAUUAAGGACUUUUAUCAGCAA